AUGGAAGACUUUGGUGACUUGCGUUUCCAUCUUACUCCACUCGACAUAGUCAAACCCGGAGAUGAUUGCAUGGCAUGUGACAAGUUCUGCAUUGAGGUCGAAGCCUCUUUCAUGCCUCCAAUACUUGACGAAGACGACCUCAGCGACUACGAAUCACAGCUUUUUGACGUGGAAUGUGAAUGGAAAGAGGAAGAUUUCUUAGUUGAUCGUGAUCGGUUAUUGAAUGACGACCAAGAAGUAUCAAGAUCAAUUAUCCGUGAUAUUCUUGGUGAUAUGAAUAUCCCUGUUAGGGCGUUCAUGAUUGACAGGAUAUUAGCUUGUGCUCGGCAAAUGGCUGUUGAUAAUAUUUACUUGAGUCAUAAGGUUUUGUACAUGAGGGUAAGAAUUGAUGUCCCACCAGGUUUUGAGUCGUCGGAAGAUGAUAUAAUUGAGGGUGAGAUUAACUUGGUGCCUGCCAGUAAAUCAUCCGUUGAGGCUUUGGAGAUUGUUAAAGUUGAAGAAGAAGGCUAUGUUAAGCAGCCGUGUGCAGUUUGUUUCGAGGAACUUUUGAUGGGUGGCGAAGCAACUCGAUUGCCUUGUUCUCAUGUUUAUCAUUGUGGGUGCAUUCGUAAAUGGUUGGAAAAGAGCAAAUUUUGUCCUUUGUGUAGGUUCGAGAUUUCCUGA